AUGGAAGAGGUAAUGUCAAUUAUCUUCCACGGGCUGAAACUGGUUGAUGAGCUUAAGUCAAGCUUACCAGAAAAGUCACCGGAAGCUCUAUCCACCUCUCUCGACGAGAUCACAAAGACAUUUGCUGAUGCUAAAGAGCGGCUAAAGAUAGUCCUCGUGAUCAGGAACUCGGAGACCGCAAUGAACCAACUUAAACCGGUGAUUGUGGCUUGCUCAGACCAGAUGCUAAUGCAGAUUGAACCGGGUCUGAUGCAGGACUAUUGGUUAAGGUAUGGCGGGUCCACGUCAUCUCAGGGAACUGAAGCCAUGACUCAAAGGCAGCUCAUGGCUGUUGAGGGUGACGGCGGAAGAAAUUUGACGGCUACGGAAAGAUCCGGUGGCUCCGGUAGCGGUUCAUCUACGCCAAGGCAACGUAGAAGGAAAAACGAAGGAGAGGAACAAACGGUGUUGGUGGCGGCGUUAAGGUCGGGAAAUACAGAUUUACCACCUGACGAUAAUCAUACUUGGCGUAAAUACGGCCAAAAGGAAAUUCUUGGUUCUAGGUAUCCUAGGGCGUACUAUAGAUGCACCCACCAAAAGUUAUACAAUUGUCCAGCCAAGAAGCAAGUCCAACGCCUCAAUGAUGAUCCCUUCACCUUCCGAGUCACUUACCGUGGCUCACACACUUGCCACAUCUACUCAACUGCUCCCACUGCUUCUGCCGCCGUCCCCACCGCUCCAACUGCAACUACAGUCACAACUAGCCAUCCUGUUGACUACGGUACCUUCUUUGACAUGGCUGACGCUAUGAUGUUUGGUAGCGGCGGGACUGGGGCUAACAUGGAUUUCAUGUUUCCUAGCAAUGAUCCACCUCAUCAUCAUCACUAUUACCGGCGGCCGGAGGAGGGAGAUGGAGACAAAUAG